UCGAUGGCACUCCUCACCCUUUGCUUCGCCGUGGUGCACGCUAUCUUCACUGGUGUGGAGGGAUUGCCUAACGGCACCUAUUCGUCCGAUACUGCAGUAGUCCUCUUCUUUGAGGUUUCUGUCUAUCUUGAAAGCUUUACUCAAGGCACUUUCGACUUGUCUGGUAUUCCGGAUCCCGAAUAUGGUCAUUUGCUUGAUGUUAGAGAGGUGAAAUUCAAGUUCAACGGCACCCACCUAAUCCCCAAUCCUCAUGAUACGGAUAUGAACGAGUUCUUCCGAAAGUAUAAACUACCCUCUCAGCAAUGGUCUGCCCUUCAAUAUGAUGAGUCAGCUGAUGCGAUACAUGUCAACUGGAAUGGUACAAUCUUUGUUUGUGAGAAAGACUCAUCCAAAGAUGAAAAAAGAGAGCUGGCCCAAGACGAUACAGCCAAUGGUGAACGGAGGCUCGGAGAGAGGUAUGGUGUGGAUGCUAUGUUUAACAUCUCUCGCCCAGAAGGCAAUAGAUCUUACUGGAUCUAUUACCCCGUCAACAUCACGGCUCGCUUCAUCCUUCUGAAUCUUCAUUGUAUGGGCUGCACAUGCGAGUCCUGGAAGUAUGGAAGCCGUCUGAUCGACUAUGCUCUCGAGUACAGGUUCAUAAUGUUCACUCCUUGUGGAGUGGAAAAUGCAUUGUAUAUGAAGAGCUGGAACGCAGGUUCUUGCUGUCAUGCCACUUCAGCUGUCAACGACACGGAGUUCAUUCAAGCUAUGCUCAAGGAUCCUCGCUGGAACUUGCCCGACUGGGCCCCAGUCUACGCUGUCGGGUACAGUAAUGGUGCUAUGCUGGCCGAAACUCUAAUGUGUCACAACAUUGUCUCAAGAGUUGUCUCAAUCGCUGGGGUUCUUGUUCUAGAGAGAAAAACAGCUGCUUUCGGUGCCUGUGAUGCAAUCUUCAAUUCUACUGAUGAUAAGAGAAUAGCCCACAUCCAUGGCACUGAGGAUGAUUAUGUCCUCGUGGGGCGGCGCCUGGGUUUAUCCUUUUCCUCCUGUCAGAGCCAGUAUGGCAAGAUGGGCAAAUAGGAUGGGUUGUGACAAAACUUUCAAUCGUACGAACCGUUUCGAAGGACGUUUUAAGUAUCUAGAUUGGCACUGCCCUUGGUCGAGGAAUGUAUCACUGGUUCGUGUUGAAGGCGGUCAGCAUAAGUACUACCAAAGAAGAAACUUAGAUGUGGCGAGCUAUGCUAUGCGCUUCCUCACAGCUGAGAAUCCUUAGGCUUGAGCCCAAGGGAGCCUCAAGACUCUUUCUGGCUCAGUCUAGUCUCAAAGUGCUCUUUUCAAAACGCUUCCCACUUUUUCUUCUCAUUCGAUUUUUUCAACGUUGAUAAGUUUAUGAUUACGAUGAACAUUAGCGCUGCGAGCGCUCAUCUCAUUCGUCUCUCAGCGCUUCCUAGUAUUUGGGGCGCUGCUACCGACAACAUGUUCAUCUGGGACCAUCUUAAU